AUGGAUGAAAGUGACAAGCAUAAUUCCCAAGAAGAAGAAGAAGAAGAAGAAGAACUCGAAACAAUCUCCCUUAACAAUUUCCCAACAACGAUCACCGAUGCACCGGAGAACGACGGUGGAAUCCAUGAUCGCCGAUUGUCCUCUGAUCCCGUCGACCUUUUUGAGUUCUUCAGCGAUUUCACAUCCCAGUCAGAGAUAUCCCAUGCUGAGGAAAUAAUUUUUUGCGGUAAAGUCAUGGCUUUGAAGGGUCAAGCGGAGAGAAGUGCGGAUGGAGACGGCCGGAAAUUGCAGAGCUUCCAUGGCCGGAGAUGCGAGUCUUUGUCGAUUCCUCGAACAAAUAGCGGGUCAAAGAGUGGCAGAUGGCAGCUUCCUAGGAGCAGCCGAUCUUUAGAUUACAAGAAGCUUCGUCGGAAUCCAAGUUUGUGUUCGUCGGAGGUUGAUCGGAGCUCGUCGUCGAAGCCCGAUGUUUCGGCGGCUGGGCUAAAACCACAGAAGCCGAGAUGGUAUGCUCUGAUGUUUGGGCAUGUAAAGUUCCCACCGGAGAUGGAUCUCCGAGAUAUCAAGAACCGGCAAGUCCGCCGCACUGUUAGCCCAAUGUUUCAUAUUGAUGACCGGAGCUCGUCGGAAACAGGCCGGAACUCGCCGUCGAUGAGGAAUGAACGGAAAUCUUCAUGGGAUUUCAUAAAGAUGUUGAGUUGCAAAGAUCAUGCGAGUGUGGCCGUAACGACGUCGUCUUUUGACUGCAUAUCCCACGCUUAG